AAAUUCCAAUUGGAGAAUAAAUUAAAUUCAAGGCUUGUUUUCCUCUCUGUUUUCUGGUUCAUGAAGCUCAUUAAUGCAAAUUUAGAUGCUCUUAUUUUCAUCCGAAGCAAACCCACAAUUUUCUUUUAUUCUCUCUUCCAGUAUCCACAUUUUCUUUGCCUCUAAUUUGGUGUAAACUCGAGGAUUUGGAUUCUUGAAACUCAAUUUCUGUUUCUCUUAUUUGGUUCCCCCCUUUCCUCGUUGCUUUCUCUGUAAUGUAAGGAGCUAUACAUUUCUUUUGCCUAGAGGGUUGUGAAAUUUGAUUCUUGGCGUGACUUGAUUCGAAUUCUAAGAACAGGAGACCCAAGUUUUCUUUAUAUUGAUCAUUGUAUAAUCUUGAUCAUACUUUUCUGUAAGUGAAGGAGAAGGAAGAAUACUAAUUAAAAAUGCUUGACGGAUUGUUAAAAAGCAAGUUCUACUCAAAAUGCAAGUCUGCAAUCAAGAUAACUAAGACUCGAUUGGAAAUGAUUAAGAGGAAGAGAAUUGCAAUGCAGAAGUACUUGAAGAAUGACGUGGUUGAUCUUCUGAAAAAUGGGUUGGAUACCAAUGCCUAUGGCAGGGUUGAAGGCCUCUGGAAUGAGCUGAAUUUGUCGAGCUGUUAUGAUUUGGUUGAGCAAUAUAGUACGAUUGUGUCGAGUCAUCUUGCCAAUAUGGAUAAGCAGAGGGAGUGCCCAGAAGAAUGUAGGGAAGCUGCUUCAUCUUUGAUGUUUGCAGCAGCAAGAUUUUCCGAUCUUCCAGAAUUGCGAGAGCUCAGAACUAUAUUUACUGAAAGAUUUGGGAACUCAAUCGAGUUAUAUGUCAAUAAAGAGUUUGUUCACAAGCUGAAGUCAACGCCUCCCACAAAGGAUAUGAAGCUUCAACUGAUGCAGGACAUAGCGUUAGAGUCUGGUAUAGAAUGGAACUCGAAGACUUUGGAACAGAAGCUAUACAAAAGCCCUGCUGCCUCUGUACCAGACGGGAAGAAUGGCAAGAUUAACUCUCCAAAAAGGAUUCAUAAUGCCAAUAAGAAAAUAGACAACGAAGAUGUUGAAAAUAAGCUUGAGGAUCCGGAAAUACAUGCAGCUUAUGAAAGGGAAGGGGGAAAAGAUGUGAGAGACGAGAGACGAAGCCUAAUUGAUCCUUCUUCUGGAGAGGCGGAGGAUAUUAUUCCCGUCAAAGACAUCCAGGUGGAUGAUAUUGGUCGGAAAGUGCAACCUGAUGAACCACAGGCUACAAGUGCUUCAGUGGAAGAAAAUGAUGAGAAGCAGCCUUUCUAUUACAAACCUAUUCGCCCUCCUUACUCCAAAUCCAAGAUAAGCAUAACUGAUAUUGCUGUAGAUGUUCCUCCCACUGGAGCUGACAGCAAAGGACAAGAAGGAAAAGAAAGUAGUAGUCAGACCAGUAGGUCUGUUGACAUUGGACAGGAUGAUCCAAUUGGCAGUAGUAAGCCAAAACCAAAAUCGGUGAGGAGGAGAAACAUGAAAAAUUUUCCACGUAAGGAUGAGGCAGAGAAUUCCGGAGGUGUUGGUUCAGAGACUCUGGGUUCAAAGGGCAUAAAUGACAGACAGCGUGAUGAACGGGAUGAAGAAGAAAAGGUGAUGGACAGGCUUUUAAUGCACUAUAGUACAAAGAAAUUCCCUCAUGAUACAGCUAAAUCAGAUGCAGUUCUCAAGUCUUCUUCUCAGCCAGAUGACAUUAAACCAGGCAGAGGAUCUCUGGACAGAAGCAGAGAUGGUCGUCCAACUAGAGCAGCAUCUCUUCCUUCUGAAACAAGUCCGACCGAAGCUACAAAAUUGCGUGCUCGAGCCUCUUCCUUUCAACCUGAAGUAUUAAACUCAAGCGGGCAUAUUCACCCUAAGCUACCAGAUUAUGAUGACUUUGUUGCCCGUCUUGCAGCACUUCGAGCAAAUCGGAACUGAUGACGCAGAUUGAAACUAGAAAUGUAAAAUAGGAUAUACAAGUAGUUGAAAUGAACCAUAUACACGGUGGAUGGAAGGGAAGGCUAGUGUGCAUCCUUUGUUGAAGAUGAAGUUUCGGUCCAGCUUGGUGUUAGCCGGACACUGCCUGGAUCACUUUAGCAGAAUUUAUAGGCUCACUAUAUUCUUCUAUUAGUUAUUGAAUUGCCAUAUUCUCUAGUCCAUCAGGACAUGAUAGAAAUACAUCCUCUGUAAUCUGCCCACAUGGUAACUUACGUUUAGCUUGAAAUAACAAUGCCUGCAAAUAUUUAGCAGAA